AUAUUUAUACCCAGCGUACACCGAUGUACGCCCGGCUAGGCGGAGUCAGCAGCCGAUUUAUGAAUUUGUCAACCUCUAGACAGGUUUGUUUUUGUAAGGCGGCAAAAGUGACACGCUUAAUCAACAUUAGCUAUAUCGCUAACGUAUUAGAUUAACAAUUUUCUGUAUCCUCCCGGUUUUGUCGUCUAUCACGUGACCAGCCCUCGGCGAAGUCCUAACGGCUAACGUCUCUCUCUUUACUGACCGACCUCCGGCGUGUGUGCAGGUGAAACAUAAGCGUCCUGCCCUCGACCCGUGAGCACAGUUCUCUCAACAUGGCACUGGCUGGAGUGAGAGUUCUCGAGCUGGCAGGCCUGGCUCCAGCACCAUUCUGCGGCAUGAUACUGGCAGACUUUGGUGCCAAAGUGAUCCGUGUGGACCGGACCAAAGUUGCAAUGAAUGUUGACACACAAGCACGAGGGAAACAAUCUGUGGCCAUCAACCUGAAGACAUCUGAGGGUGUUGCACUGCUCAAGAAGCUCUGUGUCCGUUCUGAUGUCGUCCUUGAGCCCUACCGUAAAGGCGUGAUGGAGAAGCUGGGCCUCGGUCCCCAGGAGUUGAUGAAGGAAAAUCCUCGUUUGAUCUACGCCCGCUUGACGGGGUACGGACAGAGUGGAGCUUACUCUAGCACAGCUGGGCAUGACAUCAACUUCCUUGCGAUGUCAGGUCUUUUAUCCCGGCUGGGCCGCAGCGGGGAGAAGCCAUACGCUCCACUGAACCUUGUAGCAGACUUUGCAGGCGGCGGUCUCACCUGUGCUCUGGGGAUAGUCCUAGCGCUGCUGGAGAGGACAAAAUCAGGGAGAGGACAAGUCAUUGAUGCCAGCAUGGUAGAAGGAGCAGCCUAUGUCGGAUCAUUUGUGUGGAAAUCUCGUAGCAUUGGUAUGUGGGACCGUUCCAGAGGAGAAAACAUGUUGGACAGUGGAGCGCCCUUCUACGAUACGUACGAGACUUCAGACGGAAAGCACAUGGCUGUGGGUUCUGUUGAGCCGCAGUUCUACAGAGAGCUGCUUAAAGGCUUAGAGUUGGAUGCUGGACAGUUGCCUUCUCAGAUGAGCUUCAGCGAUUGGCCAGAGCUGAGACGGCUCUUCACAGAGCGCUUUGCAUCAAAAACUCAGGCAGAAUGGUCAAAGAUCUUUGAUGGAACUGAUGCCUGUGUUACACCUGUGUUGUCUUUCGAGCAGGUGAGCUCACACCCACAUAACCGGGAAAGAGCUUCUUUCAUCAAGGACUCCAGAGGGGAUGAAAGCCCCCGGCCGGCCCCGGUUCUCUCCCGAACUCCUGCAGAGCCCUGCCUCACCCCGGAUCCUGUUAUUGGUGAACACACAGUAGAGGUCCUGGAGGAGUAUGGCUUUACAUCAGCAGAGAUAGACCAGAUGCAAGCAGCGGGGGUCGUAGAGUGUAAUGCUGUCAAAGCAAAGUUGUAGAGGAAUACAAGUCAAAAGCUUGUUUGAAAAUCCAAGCUUAUAACACAACAUGUGCGUAAAUGUGGGGCACAGCUAAUUAUGACUUGCACUGUGCUAAUUGAUUAGUUAUUUGAUUUAGACAAAGAGCUAAAUAAGCUACGGAGCCUGCCAUUCAAAUCAUGUCUAACACAACCACAAAAGGGAAAAUAAGAAAAGGAAAAUGGAUUUUCUUAAUGAGCUAGAAAUUCAAACUGAGACGCUUAGAAAAAAAAUGAAAUACUUCUCCGUCUGUCCCCUUUUAAUUCUCUCAGACUGUGAGCUACAUGUUUUCAAUGAAAGCGAGUGUGCCUGUCCCACACACUCACUUCAAGUGUGUAGGCGACCCUUGACGAGGUGGACUGCCAUUCAGUGCACUCUCGGGGAACAUGGAUGCAGUUGGUCAAUUGGUCACGGUUGUCAACUUCAAUAGCCGCCCUUCUCUUUUUAUACCUCCACUGCUGCCUUCUCAGUGUGCGAGUUUUUGAAAGGAAAAAGUCUCCUGCCUGUCAACCUGGUUUCAAUGUGCCGAGAAAAAUCAGCAGGACCAAAAAUUGUUUUGGCCUCCAAUUUUCUCAGUUUGGCUUGCUAAUGUCCACUGACUGUACGCCCGCACCCACAGAUGUCUGUAAUAAACUGUAAUUAAAAGUUGCUUUGCAUAUUUUUGGGCAUUUUUGAACAACAACAAAAAAAAAUCACCUUUGCAGCUCAUUUAGAUGUGGUGACAGAUGCUUUACUUUAAUUAAUAUUUUGUUGCCUUGAGCUCUAACGUUUAUUUUUAUCAUGUAUCUGGUGUUGAAAUUCUAUUUUUUGCAUUGUCUGACAACACAAAUGCGAGGUUAUGUAAAUGAGAACUCAAUCGUCAAUCCAGCUGCAAGAAAACGUAUUACAGGUGGACACAAGCAGCAACACACAAUAUGUCCAUAUUUUUUUCUUCUCUCUUUUUAAUUAUUUAGGUAAGUCGUCUAUAAAUACAGGCACUAUUCAAAUUCACAACUGAAAUUCAAGCUUCAGAGAAAAGAUCUGCUCGGCAAAAAUAGACGUGAGCUACUUUGGUUUUUGGAGAAUGUUGAACAAGAAUUACAGCUGCUCAAGCACACUGAAAGCGCUCCACAAGAGAGUUUAAGGGAAUUUAAAAUAUAAAUCAUCACGUUAGUUAUUUAUGCCAGAAACAUAAAACUAAUGUGUGAUUGCAUAGUCUGAAUAUUGCAGCUUUAUUCAUGACAGUCCCUAGAGUGAUGAAGUCUUUAACUAAUCAGAAAUUGUUUCAUUGGUUUAUUAUUAUUAAAGAGAAGAAAAAGUCCUGAAGGCAAAAAAAAAAAAAAAAAAAAAAGAUUGUUGGGGAUUUUUAAUUUGUAUACUCGUCAUUAUCAUCUUGUACAUUGUAAUUUAUGCAGUCCGUGUCACCUGUGCAGUAGUUAUUCCAUCACCUCACUGCAGCUCAGUGGUGCUGCUGGAGGUUUACAUGAUUAGCUAUCAAUGAUUAAAUGCUCAGGGUCUUCGGGGCAAGACGACUGAUGAUAAUUGAUGCACUUGAUUCAUGUAAAUCGUAUGCAGUAUGUGUAUGUCUUACAGAUUUUUUCUAGUAUUUGUAAGACCGCUCCAGAUCGCCCCAAGUUGGAUUAUUGACAUUCUUCUAAUGCCAGAGGAGUAGCCAAAGGAUAUGCAUGUAAAUUUAAACUUUGGCUGUAUAAAAGGUUUGUACAAAUAACACAAUAAAAUGCAAGAAUGUAUGAAA